ACUUGCUAGAAGUCUUCCCUCUAAUAUGAAGCUCUCCUGGUUACUCGGUCCGGUCCCUUUUUAGAGGAAGAAAGAUGUUCUGAAUAAGAAACAAGGACUGAGAUCUCUCAACACAUCCUUCUCUCAGUUAAACUAAGGACGCUUUCCUUUUCUCAGAUGGAAACCAAGAAGGUGAGGAACUUAUCCUCAGAGUGUUGGAGCUACUGAGACCACUUCAAGAGGUUUUGAAUAAACAGAAGAAAGGCAGGAAAAUGACCUAAUUAGCAGCAGGCGUGACAGGCAGCCUGGAUCAGACGUGUUGGUGGUCCCGGUUUCCAUCCACAAGGAAGACCCAUGUAUCAGCGCACACACACGUCCCACGCCGUGACUCCAAACUCUGCCCUUCCCUUCCUGCCAUCCGUCCCAGUCCUCCAUGGAUUCCUACCACUUCCACUUUGAGAGAAUGAGCAACGUGGACCUGCAUCCUCUGAGCCUGCCAGUCAGCCGGCUCUCCCCUGCCAAGUCCAGCAGCAGCAUUGCAGACCAGCUCGCCCAUCACCAACACGGCAAAGGAGACUCCGCCUACAGCUCCUUCUCUGGUGGAUCCAAUGCCCCGGAUUACCCUUCUCCCUUUCUCACAGAAGAUUUACAGUCCGGCCACUUCAGCCACUACGCUGAUCUGAAGUAUGUGAAGUCCAUCUACAAUCCGACCCAGGUCCUGCAGUCUGACUCUAAAACCAUGGACCAGCUGUAUCGCUCUGUUGAAGCGAUCUCUCAGCAGUAUCGUAAUAACACCAACAACAUCGUCAACCAGAACGGGAACAACGGGUUCCAGUCCAACAACAGAGCCCUGUCCAAGCAGGACACGCCUCUCGCCCGUCCUCCUCCGCCCCCCUUACGCCUGGAUAGUUUCAGCGCCAUAAAGAACUUGGAGAACAGCCGGAUCCCUCAGCAAGACACCGAGCUUCAAUCCCAGCAGGUGAAACCACAACCAAGACCCAACAACCGACUGCACCCACACCCCCACGGUCUCUCUCCCCAGAGACUGGAGACGGCUAACCCUGAAACAGGAAACUCAAACUUCAUCUCUGACCCGGUGUUCUCAGUUUGGAGGGGUCCUCAACAGCAGCAAACACAAGCCCAGCAGCUCCCGGUCUACCGCCCCCACCUCCAGCCUCAGGACCAGGCUCGGGUGAACCAGCAGUUUAACCCAGAGUACCUUUUCAUCACGGACAACAAGUCUGCCUCUGAGCAGCAGAAGUCAACAAACAUCUUAAACCGAUCCCCUCCCGAAGCCCAGAGCCAGCCGGACCCCUUGAAUCCUCCACAGACCUCCAGCAGUGCCAGAUGUAAUGGAAACCAUCAGAACCAGCCGGGUGGAAGCAGCAGCCACUUUCAGAGUCAGCGUAAGAGAGCGCACUCAGCUGAUGAUUGGAUCAAUGCAGAGUCAGCCCGAGCAGCCAGUCCCUGGAACCCCGGGCAGAGUUACAUCAACAGCAGCAUCCAGCACAAGGGUCAGUUCUACUUUGUAACGGGGGUGUGUAAGCCGUCUGAGUCCGGGAUGAGGACCCUCUCUGCGUCCGUGUGUGGGUCUGAGAGUGAGAGCUCCUCUGUGCUGGAGACGCACCGCCUCAGAGAGAAGGGAAGAUGCCACAGCACAAUGGACGGUUUGUUUAGACCUCUUCAAGAGAGCUCCCGUUCCUCCAGCGGCAUGAUGUCAGAUGACAAAGAGGUCUUCCAUUGUGUGCCCAAGGAGAAAGAGCUGGUCUACAGGAGCCAGGAUCAAGAGAACCGCAGGUUUUCCCUCACCUCCAUGCAUUCAUCUAGAAGUUUUGAUACCUUGGAAGACUUUGAUGUGAUUCAGAGUCGAGAUAUCGGACGCCACACUGCCAACAACCCGAUAUUCUACUGUGGACCUGAGAGGAACUGCCCGCCUCACUCAGGGACCAAAACCAAGGAGGCCACCUCCCUGAUGAGCAACGAGCAGACCAACCACGCCAAGAAAGACCAGGACCAGGCAAAGAGAGGGAAACGGCAGCCUUUGGCGGAUGUACCCAGCGAGAGGAUAAACAAAGAGACCACCCCUCUUCUGUACCACCUCACUGGAGCCAGCAGGGCGGCGCUACAGCCGAAGAGAGCUGCAGACUUCAGCACAAAAAGCAAGGACGGGGUCCAGAACAAAACGGGACAGGGAGACGUGGCGGUUCACGACAAUGAGAGGCCUCCAAAAAGUGACCAGAGCACAAACGACCAGGAUGAGAAUGUCUCUGUGGCGUGUAACACUCUGGACGACUCGUUUAAGAAGUACUACAAAGAGAAGCUGAAGGACGCCCAGUCUAAAGUCCUCAGGGAGACCUCUUUCAAAAGGAGAGACCUGCAGCUGUCAUGGCCGCACCGCAUGAGGCAGAAACCAGAUCUGAGGCCGACAGUGAUUCACACAUUCUCCUCAUCGCAGGACUCUGAGACCUCCACGGACACCAUCACUCCCUCUCAGACCUCCGAGGACACGGAGAGAGGAAGCAUUAAAGAGGAAGUGAGGGAGAGGACAGAGGAGACGUUUAACCAGACUCAAAAAGAGAACGGGAAACCAGCAAACGUCGCCCAGCCUCAGGUGGCACGCAUCGGAGCCAGGAGGAGACUGACUCCAGAACAGAAGAAGAUGUGUUACUCUGAGCCGGAGAAGCUCAACCAGCUCGGCGCCGCUCCCUUCCACGCCACGUGCCGAUCAUUCGGCAACGAGAACGACAACCUCUUCGCGGCCGAAGGCGAGGAAGAGGAGCGCCUGCAUCAGGGAGAGCAGGGACUGGUCGCCGCACGCAGGAAGAUCUUUGAGACCAGAGGUCGAGCCCUUUCAGCCCCGAGCUCUUCAAAGACCAACCUCAAACAUCUGCAGCACAAGGCCCUGGUGGAGUACAUGGAGCGCAAGACGGGCCAGAAAGUGGCAGAACCACAGCAACCAGCGCCUCAGGUACCAGCUCCAUCGAGACAGAGGCAUUCUCUGGGGGAGAAACCCUUCGACUGGGGUCCCAGACCUCAAUCAGCAAAUCAAGACAGCAAGAACACCAAGAAGAAGCUCCACAGACCCCACUCUGCAGGACGGAUCCUGGACUCCUCCACCAGCUCCAUCAGGUACGCCCAGUUCUUCUCCGCUCAGUCCUGUUCAGGCCAAUAUGGCGGCCAGUCAAGUCAGCAACAAUGGAGGGAAAGCCACGGUCCAUCUCAGGUGAGGUCGGCCUCAGUGGAGAGUCUCUUGGACCAGCCGGGGGAGCCCAGCUUCAUCAGGAACAGAUCCAAAUCUACACCACAUGCAUUUCAGGCACUCAAGAAAGAACCACCAGCAGUCCCCACGGUGGAGACCUGGAGUCCACAGAGGAGUGACAUAGAGGAGUCCUUGAAGCCGGCCUUUGAGGGCCAGCAGCGAGUCCGCGUGGUCGCUCAGCGGGGGAAAUCCAUGGAAGAGCUCGGGACGUCUAAGUUAACGAGACAGUCCGCCCUGAGUAAAAGCUCUGAGCAGCUGGACUCAGCUGGACCAGCAGGACUGGACCGAGACAAGAGGAGCGUCUCGUUCUUUGCUGAAGUCAGAGACGCCCAGGGACCGGACAGAGGGACGAGGAGACCGUACGGAACAGAGCCAGCAAGAGACACUGUGGGUCAGAGGAAAACUCAGGGACAGGCACAAAACCAAACCCAGAAGAGGUCUCUGUUGAAGCAGAACUCAGAACCAGAGCAGGAGGCCUCCACAGGAACCAGGAACUCUAGUAGAUCCACCUCCCCGGCCUCCCGCUCCUCCUCCCGGGCCAGGGUUCACUCUGGAUCACCCGGUUCUCACAGUCCUGUCACAGAUGAGUUUAGAUCCAGCAGGCCGCCUAGUGAGACUUCAUCUCACCCUCCUUCCCCAAGAGGUCCAGAUACCAGCGAGGGGGAGAUCAGAUCUACUCAGUCCACCCCCCCUCAGACAAAGCUUCCUUCUGAAAGCAGGCCCAGCUCCAGAGUCAGAGUGUCUCCGUCUCUCUCUGGACCAGAGAGAGACCCGUCAGUGGAUCCACCGAGCAGUGAAGAUCCACCAGCCGAGUCCAACCAGGAAGUGUCUCUGAGCUGUGGGGUCACCACAGAUCCCUCGCUGUGGAUCGUCCCCCCUGAAGAAGAGAUCAAAGAGGACCUGCAGACCUCAACGCUGACAGACAACGUGUUUGAGGACGAGCCCGCCAGCUCCGCCCCUCAGACCCUGACAAGUCCAACCUCUGGGUCCCCGUGCACCUCCGUCUCCGACACGGACGCCAGCCAGGCGGGAGAGGAGGACAAACCAGAGGCGGAGGAGGAGAAGACGGAGGAGAUGGAGGAGAGGGGGUCACCAGAGGGAGGGACGGAGAGCCAGGAGACGCCCGUGGAGAAACCUAAGUGGGAGGAGCUUGUAAAAGCGAUGGUGAAGGCGGACCAGUCGCUGGCCAUAGUGCUCUACCCGCUGACCAACCGCAAGACGGCGCUGAUGCUGAUGGAGCAGCUGCUGUCUGAGGACACGCUGCUGAUGGAGGAGCACUACAAGAAGAAGCAGGAGCAGAGAGGAGCUGCUGAGAGUGUGGAACAGGUUGAGGAGGCUGAACCGUCGCCUUGUCCUUCAGCUCCAAACAGCCUCGUGUCUCAGUGUUCAGACCUGCAGAGCAAAGCUGACCUCAGAGAGAAGAAGACUCUGUUAGUGUCCCUUAUUGAGGAACGGCUGCGGUCGCUUGAGGAGAUGCGUGCCGCCCUCCAGACGGAGAUUGAGGAGAACGUGGUCCACGGUGAGACCCUGGAGGUACUGGUCCGUCAGCGCUGUCUGCCUGUGGAGCUGGAGCGGUACAACCUGUUCAUAGGAGACCUGGAGAGGGUGGUCAACCUGCUGCUGUGCCUCUCUGCUCGGCUGGCCAGGGUGCAGAACGCACUGAGCACCGUGGACCAGCACACGGAUGCUGAGGAGAAGCAAUCUCUGGACAGUCGCCAUCGCCUGCUGUGCAAACAGAGGGAGGAUGCCAAAGAUCUCAAGGAUAACCUGGACCGGAGAGAGAACCUGGUCUCCACCUUCCUGUCGCGCCAGCUGUCUGCCGAGCAGCUGCAGGACUACCGACGCUUCGUCCAGACCAAGGCGUCGCUGCUGAUCCGGCAGAAGGACCUGGAGGAGAAGCAGCGGCUGGGAGAGGAGCAGCUGGAGGCGCUCUCCUGCAGCCUGAGUGUGUGAGAGGGAGGGAGGAGGAAGCACUGAUGUCUCCUUUCUUUCUGGACUUGAUGUUGAAAAGGACACGCAGAGGGUCUGACUCUCUGAGACUUUAGGAAUCAGAUGGUGCGGCUGCACUCAGACCCUUUGCACCCGGUCUUUGUACUGCAGAGGAGGACGGCUGUGUGAAGAAACAUCAUACAAUCUUCCUCUCAUCACUGAACAUGAUAGGAACAUUACAGACUGAAGCUGUCUCAGCUACUGAGCAUGCUCAGAUCGCUGAUCAUUGUUCUCUCACAAUGUGCAUGAAGACUUUCCCUGAGAGGAAUGAACUGAUGAUUUCUGUGCCUUCAUCCAGUUAGAGCUGCUAGUUGGAAACGUUGCGUCCCUGUUAGAGUCCAGCUCCACUCCUCAUGUAGUCGCUCACAGCCUCGUCCCUGCACCGAGGAAUCCUUCUAUAAGCUUUAAGACCGUCUCUGGAGCGGUGAGAAGGCCUCAGUGAACGAGGGCGGCCUGAAGGGGGGGCGGGGUACUGGACCUGUCGUAGGAUACAUGUCUUAGAUUUAAUCUGUCCUUUUUUUUUAAUGUGUUUCAAAUUAAGGCACUAAAAACCAAAAAGGGUGAAUGAAAAAAAAAAAGCACUUUGUCAUGAUAUAAUGCACAUUUCUUUAAAAUCAGACUCCAGUGUGAUCUCAAGUGAAAGCCUCCCUCCAUCCUCCAUCCUCCAUCCUCCAUCCUCCAUCCUCCAUCCUCCAUCCUCCAUCCUCCAUCCUCCAUCCUCCAGCCUUUUCUACCUUUUGUGUUAAACUUUGAAAUAAUGUCCUGAAAGGAACACGAGCACGCCCGGCUACAUGAAGGAAUGUGUACACAUUCUUCCCCGGCUUAUUUCAUGCUUAAUGUUAUUAAGUCCUGAUGAUUUCAUGCUGGAACAGCUCCUCAUACGGAGGCUGUAAACCUCUUUCAAGCAGAUUAGAAGUAAGCAACAAUUCUUUCUCCCUUUGUUGCAGGAGGGACACCAGAUACUUGAAACCCUUUUUUUUAAACCACUGAGUCCACACUCUUCACUUCAGGUGUCUUAAAUGUAUUCUCUAAUCUCUACCUCCACUGUUCAUCCCCCUCUUUAGACCUUUAUUUAAUUCACACAGCUGUCCCUUCAAUCCAAUAACAUGUCAGAAGAAUCUCACUUUUUAAAAACAGCUCCUACGUCCUGACUUUUCAUGGUCGUGUUAAUUCUGACUUCCUGUUUUCCCAGAGUCAUGUGAUCUGUUUGCUCUUCAUGUGCAGUGUGUGUGUGUGUGUGUGUGUGUGUGUGUGUGUGUGUGUCUGUGCUCUGGAUCAUGAAUGUGGUAAUGUUGUGUGCGUAGAGAUUAGCUGUUGAAGAAGAUGACAGAACUCCUCUUGGUGUUUGCUGUGUACAUAAAAAACUAUGAAGUCUUAAAAUGAUCAAAACGUUCUCGUCCUUCAGGAAACACAUCUCAAGACAAACCCACCGUGUGUGUGUGGGUUGACUUGCUCUGACUUUAGUGAGUUUAAAUGUCAGAAAAGAGGAAAAGUAAACUAUUAAAGUCAUUCUUCCUCCGACACUAGAACCCUUCCCUUUCACUAACCCCUGCAGCAUUUCUCUGGAGCUUCACGUCCGGCCUGUUUCAGUUUGCUAAACAGAUGUAUGUUUGUUUUGGCCUUCAUGCUGACGCAGGGCCGAAGGGGUAGAGAGACUCAUGUUGUUUCCUGCAGCCUGCUGGAAUUCCCGAAGUAUGCAAACGAGCAAUAUUUCAGAGUAAGAAGGAAAAGACUGCUGGAGAGAGAGAGAGAGGGAGAGAGGGAGAGAGAGAGAGAGAGGGAAAGCUCCCCCAAAGGAGCAGCACAUGGAGGAGUAAUCCUCUCAGUUCUUGCUGUGUGUGCAGACUCACAAAGGUUGGACCAGUUCCUGACUCAUUUCUCGUUCCUGUCUUUCAAUCAGAGCUGUGUUUUGUUGUUUCAUUCAGUGUGUGUGUUUAGUUUGUGAGUUUGUGUGCAUCAGUAACUCCAGCAGAACUUGUUUCAGUCCGAGCAGACUCUUCCUGCUGUUCCCCUUUCCUCUGAGAGUUUGUUUCUGUGCCUGUUUGGAGUUUUAAAUUCCACCAUGUUUGUAAUAUUGUGAAUAAAUUAAGCUCUCCCUCUCC